AUGUUUGCAGCCAGAUUUGAUCCCACACAGGUCCAAGCUACGAAUGAAGAUUCUAGUGGCUUGAAGACGAAAUUAAAACGGGUCAUUCCACUAAAAAGAAGCAAAAGCUCUCACGAUGAGAGCGAAGAUGAAAAUGAAAGUGAAGCUGACGAAGAUGGCGGCUAUCAAGCAGACCAGACCAGCUCGUACAAAGGUGGCAUAGACUCAGAUGCCGACGUUGACGACUCAACGAAGCCUGAAGAACUACAAAAAACAAUUGCUGGCGAAGCGGCAAAUGAGCUACAAUCGAGCAGCGAAGCCGAGAGCGUUGAAGAAAACGGUGAUGGGGAAUCGAGGCCUAAUAGCUCCGAUCAAGCUUUUGGUGAUAGACACUCCAGCGUAUUCACUAGAUUUAAGCAAACGCUAUCGAUUCAAGAAAAAUUGAAACCUUCAGAUAUGGUAGAGUCGGAGGAUGAGAAAAUGGACGUCGAACACCACGACUUGGUUCCAAUUCCACAACCUGCCAUUGUGAGAGGUACUCAGCUCUCUGGAGAAGUUGCCAGUUCCGAGAGCAAAUCCGCCGCCUGGCUUAACACUCAAAAAAUACAAUAUGACAACUCGAUGGUCAAACCCUUCGCGAGCUACGAAGGUCAACUAAAUGAAAAACUGCUCACCAAUAUUACCACCAAGUUUUCAGAGAGUACUUUCCCCAUUCAAACCAUCCUUUUGGACACAAUUCUGCCGAAACUUAGAUUUGCUCAGUCUGUGAAUAAAAAGCACUUCCCGCGGCGCGUGGGAGACAUUUUGGUCAAUGCUUCGACAGGUUCAGGUAAGACACUAGCGUACUCCAUUCCGGUGGUCCAGUGUCUUUCAUCGCGUACUGUCAAUAGGCUGCGAUGCCUCAUAGUGGUACCAACUAAAAUCCUCAUUCACCAAGUAUUUGAAACUUUGACAAAGCUUUCUCAGGGAACGAGUCUCAUCACAGGUAUUUCUAAGCUCGAAAAUUCGUUGAGAGAUGAACAUAAAAAAUUUCAAAGCCAAGAGCCGGAUAUUCUGAUCAUCACCCCCGGUAGAUUAGUGGACCACUUACAAUUGAACACUUUUUCAUUGAAAAAUCUUAAAUUUCUGAUUUUGGACGAGGCUGAUCGUUUGCUGAAUCAAUCCUUUCAAAACUGGUGCUCAAUUAUCAUGAGCAGACUGAAAACUGACAAGGGCGAAGCUCCUCCGGUAAGUGUUAUCAAAAUGAUCUUUAGUGCGACACUGACGACCAACACGGAAAAGUUGCAUGAUUUACAACUCAACAGACCCAAAUUGUUUAUGAUGGACACCGUAAAGCUGUAUCAUUUGCCCAAAUUGCUUCAGGAGUACAAUAUCAAUAUACCCACUGCCAAGAGCUUUGCCAAGCCGCUAUUUACGCUACAACUGGUUUCAGGGCUUAUUGCUGAAGAACUGCGAAUUUUGGUUUUUGUACGCAGCAACGAAGCUUCCAUAAGGCUCGCCACGCUGCUUAAUAUAAUGCUGUCGAAGGAUGUUAUCCGCGGCAAGAAUGAAAUUCAGGUUACUUCAAUCAAUUCCAACAACACGAAGGGUCUCAACAACAAGUUAAUCAAGCAGUUUGCAUCUGCUGAACCGGGCAGCUCACAGACCAAAAUAUUGGUGGCAACAGAUCUUAUGUCAAGAGGUAUUGAUAUUGACAAUGUUACUCAUGUCAUCAAUUAUGAUCUGCCCGUGUCUUCCCAGCAGUAUGUUCAUCGUUGCGGCAGAACUGCCAGGGCUCAGGCCCACGGAACAGCCUUUAAUAUCUUGGUGGGUAAAGGUGAACAGAAAUUUUGGCUAGAUCACAUUGAUAGUGACCUGAGUAGGGAUAUGGACGGCUGCCACACAAGGCCUUAUGAAGAGCUAGAUUUGAAAAUUGGGGAGGAAACUGAGAGCAUUUACCGCGAGUCUUUAGAGCAAUUGAAGACUGAGGUAGGCAGUAAUUAG